AUGAAUCCAAGCAACAGUAGUGGUCCUAGCUACUAUCAAAACAAUGCGAUUAUAGCUUCGAAUACAAGCAUCAACACAAUCGAUAGCAACUACGGGAGUCCGAACUAUCAUGGUGCCACGACUCAAGCAAGCACGAAUGCUGGCCCGAGGUCGAAUGAAAGCAUGGAUAACACACAUCGUCUGGACAAUGUACAGAUCGCUUCAGAAGCCGAUAAAGACUGGGCAGAAGGGCGGCCGUACCUGAACUCGGGCAACAUUAUGAGAACACCGGAAUAUGCGGAAGCAGAUGUAUCGUCACCGGACAACCGUAAUAUAUCAUCAGAUGUCAGGUGA